AUGAUGCUCGGAGAUAAUUCGCCACUCACUCGGCUCGCCGUUGCGGCAACUGCAGCUGUCGCAUUCAGUGCAUUUGUAGUGUCCGCCCAAGAAUCGACCGUCACCUGCGAAGUUUCCCAGUACCUUGACUCCGCCACCAAUGAGUGUGUCGACUACUCUUCGCGAGGUGCAAAGGCUGGUAACGCGUAUGACACGACAAUUGACUCCGGCAACACGGCGUGGAUGCUAAUGUCAAGUGCAUUGGUGAUGCUCAUGACCCCGGGUGUUGCCUUCUUCUACGCCGGUUUGGCUGGCGAAGACAUGGCGUCGAAUACCAUGAUGAUGUCGUUCGUGAGCAUGGCGAUGGUGUCGAUCCAGUUCUUCGCCUUCGGUUACUCAGCGUGCUUCAGUUCCGACGGUAUAUUCGCCUGGGCGGGGUACAACAAUGUUGGCGCCGUCGCUAGUGGAACGUAUGGUGGCAGUAUCCCUCACAUCCUCUUCGCCUUCUUCCAGACGCAGUUUGCCACAAUCACACCAGCGCUGAUCAGCGGCGGAAUUGUCGGCCGCAUGAAGUUUGGUAGCUACCUGCUUUUCAUCCUGCUGUGGACGUCCAUCGUAUACGACCCUCUGGCUCGUUGGAUGUGGUCGCUCAAGCUCGAUGAAAACUGGGAGAUCACUGCAAUGGGCUGGGAAGGCAAGAUGGGUGCGCUCGAUUUCGCUGGUGGUACAGUCAUUCACGUCUCCAGUGGGUUUGGUGCCCUUGUGGCCGCCAUUGUGGUGGGGAAGCGAUACAACCACGGCGAGCCUGUGAAGCCGCACAACGUACCCUUGGUGAUGAUCGGUGCCACGCUGCUAUGGUUCGGCUGGUUUGGAUUCAACGCCGGAUCUCAGGGGGCGGCUGACGGCGUUGCUGCGAUUGCUGCUAUCAACACGCAUCUAGCGCCAUGUGCUGGAUUUUUGACCUGGUCAGCUCUUGAGUUCGCUUUCCACAAGAACUUUGAUCCUUGCGGUGCCAUCAGUGGAGCAGUUGCUGGACUUGUGGCCAUCACCCCAGGCUGUGCCUUUGUGUACCCGUGGGCUGCUGUCAUCUUUGGCGUCGUCGGUUCUGCGACUGGUUUCGGUGCUGUCCACCUCAAGAACGUUCUGCGUUAUGAUGAUACUCUCGACUCCUUCGGUAUCCACGGCUGCGGCGGCUUCAUGGGCGGUCUGCUUACGGGUCUAUUCGCCACCUCCGAGAUAAACCCGUCUAUUGAAGGCGGUGCAUUUUACGGCCACGGAAUGCAGUUCGUACACCAACUCGUUUCACAGUGUGUGGCAGCUGCGUACUCGGCAGUGGUGACGUUCCUCAUCCUAAUGGCGCUUAAGUACACGGUGGGUCUUCGCGUCUCGGAGGAGAAAGAAGUAAACGGCAUGGAUAUUUCGUACCACGGUGGCCAGGCUUACGACUACAGUGCACAUGGCGGGCUUAGCUCUCCUACUGUUAAGGCGGCUAACCCUCCCGUUGGCGACUUCAUGAGCAUGAUGACUUCUGGCCAGCCCAGUGGAAAUGGAGCUAACCAUAUUGCGAAUGAACUUUAA